AUGACACAAGGUUCGUUGCGUAUAAUGUCUGGUUUUGCUGUGAAUCAAGGACGACUGGAAAUUAAUUAUAAAGGUGAAUGGGGAACAGUAUGUAGUAGAGACUUUGAGAAUGUUGAUGCAGAAGUAGCCUGUAGACAGCUCGGAUAUUGUUCAGGAAUUAUGGAUCCACCUAAACAUACAGCAAAUGGUAACGGUGUCAUUUGGUUGAAUGAUGUGAAGUGUUCUGGUUCAGAAAGUAGAUUUCUGAAUUGUUCUUUCAAUAACAAUAUAGAAUACUGUAGUCACCAUGAUAAUGUUGGUGUGCAUUGUUUUUUAAGCUGUUCAGCAGAAGAUGAAGGUGGCUUGCGUAUUAUUCCGGGUUUUGCUGAUAAUCAAGGACGACUGGAGAUUAACUAUAGAGGUGAAUGGGGAACAGUAUGUAUCAAGAACUUUGAUAAUGUGGAUGCAGAAGUAGCGUGUAAACAGCUCGGAUAUUGUUCAGGAAUAAUGCAUCCAGCUCAUCUCAUCAGCAAUGGUGACGGUAUCAUUUGGUUUAAUGAUGUCAAGUGUUCUGGUUCAGAGAGUAAAUUACAAAACUGUUCCUUCAAUAACAAUAUAGAACACUGCAGUCACCAUGAUGAUGUUGGUGUCCAUUGCUUUUUAAGCUGUUCAGCAGAAGAUGAAGGAGAUUUACGUAUUAUUUCGGGUUUUGCUGUGAACCAAGGACGACUUGAGAUUAAAUAUAAAGGUGAAUGGGGAACAGUAUGUGCGAAUGACUUUGAGAAUAUUGAUGCUGAAGUAGCAUGUAGACAGCUCGGAUAUUGGUGUGUAUUACAUUUAACCCAGAUUUCAGGAAUAAUGCACCCGCCAGGUUUUAUAAGUAAUGGUAUUAAUGCCAUUUGGUUAAAGGACGUGAGGUGCUCAGGUUCGGAAGGUAAAUUACUCAAUUGUACCUACAAGAUAGACACAUCACAAUGUAAUCACCAUGAUGAUGUUGGCAUACAUUGUUUUCUCAGCUGUACAGCCGAAGAUGAAGGUGAACUCAGAAUUUCUGCGGGAUUUGCUGUGAAUCAAGGAAGACUGGAAAUCAAUUUUAAAGGUGAAUGGGGAACAGUUUGUGAUAGAAACUUUGAGGAUGUUGAUGCAGAAGUAGCAUGUAGACAGCUUGGAUAUUGCUCAGGAAUCAUGCAUCCAGCUGAUAUCAUUCCUAAAGGUAACGGUGCUAUUUGGUUGAAUGACGUACAGUGCUCUGGUUCAGAAAGGGUAUUAUUGAACUGUACCUACAAUAACGACUUAUUACACUGUAGUCACUAUAAUGAUGUUGGCGUACAUUGUUUUCUGAGCUGUUCGACAGAAGAUGGAGAUGAAUUGCGUAUUGCUGAUGGUUACGCUUUGAAUCAAGGACGACUUGAAAUUAACUAUAGAGGUGAAUGGGGAACAGUAUGUUACAAGAACUUUGGGGAUGUGGAUGCUGAAGUAGCAUGUAGACAGCUUGGAUAUUGUUCAGGAAUCAUGCAGCCAUAUGAUCUUAUUAGAGAUGGUCGCAAUGCUAUUUGGUUAACUGCAGUAGAGUGCUCUGGUUCAGAAAGUAAAUUACUGAACUGUAAAUACAAUACAGAUACGUUACAAUGUAGUCACUAUCAUGAUGUUGGCGUUCAUUGUUUUCUCAGCUGUUCAGCAAAUGAUCAAGAUAGUUUACGUAUUACUGAUGGUUUUGCCGAAAAUCAAGGACGACUAGAAGUUCGUUAUAAAGGUGAAUGGGGAACAGUUUGCGAUAGAUACUUUGAUAAUGUUGAUGCAGAUGUAGCCUGUAAACAGCUUGGAUAUUGUUCAGGAAUCAUGCAGCCAGCUGAUCUUAUUAGGGAUGGACAGGGUACUAUUUGGUUAACUGAAGUCAAAUGCUCAGGUUCAGAAAUUACAUUACUGAAGUGUAUCUACACUACAGAUACAUUAAGCUGUAGUCAUCAUCAUGAUGUUGGAAUCCACUGUUUUCUCAACUGUUCAAAAGAAGAUGAAGGUGUCACACCGAAUGAAGAUGUCACACAACCAACAAUUAGUGUUGUUGUCGUUGUUAUUAUAUUUGGUGUUGUUGUUGUUCUAAUUGGUGCUGUUGCUACCUUGCUGGUUUGCUGGUUUCGACGACGUAGCUCUCAACUUAGAACUGCAAGAUCCACUACAGAACCUGGACAUCGAUCAACUCCAGGACCUGAAAGGUCCUUUGACGAACCGAACAAUCGAUCUCAUCCAAGAAAUAGAAGAUCUCUUGGAGAAGCUGACAAUCGUGAUACAAUAGUUUCUCGCUCCAGUAAUGAUCAUUAUGACAGAAUUAAUAACAUGGAACUUAGUUUGUCUUGCUCAAAUUUAGAUUAUCUGGAACCAAGUCAAGGAGAAUCUACUUCUAAUACAGAGCAACAACAUGAUUACUGCGAGCUGAUAAACACAAGCGGAAAUCCGAACGUGAUUGAAUCAAGUGUGACAAUUAAUGCUUCCCCGGCUAUGCCUACAACAAGUUUGACAACGAGGGUUAAUUCGGACAUGCCUGAUCCAAGGGCGAAACGACAUUCUCAUUCGGAUAUGCCUGAAUCAGCUGCGUAACUAAUUUAUUGUAUCCGGAUAUGCCUGAAUUUUCAGAACACGAUCUAUCUAUCCGGAUAGUGCAGAUUCCUUU